AUGUCAGCCAGUGCUAGCGCGCGUCGAGUCAACGGCAGCGUGAGAGGCGCAAACAGUCACAAUCACACUCAGCGACGCCCAGUCGCCCACUUCGAUAUACCAGACCGCUCCCUGGUGAAUGGCAACGUCGACCCGAAUUCUUUCGACCACUCCUCCGACAGCAGCGUCUCAUCCUCCCACACUCUAGACAGCACCAAGCCAUUACGGCCCAAUAUGUCUCGCAAGGCUUCCUCGCCCAUGGCGCCCGCCUUCAUGGUGUCUGCACCAGGCAAAGUCAUUGUGUUUGGUGAACACGCUGUGGUUCACGGCAAGGCUGCCUUGGCCGCCGCCAUUUCCCUCCGCUCCUACCUCCUUGUCACGACACUCUCCAAAUCGCAGCGAACUGUCACUUUGAACUUCCGCGACUUGGGGCUCAGCCACACCUGGGACAUCGAUACUCUGCCAUGGGAUGUGUUCCAGCAGCCGUCCAAGAAGAAGUUCUACUACGACCUCGUCACCCAGCUGGACCCAGAGCUGGUCGACGCUAUCCAACCCCACCUCGAUACCGUCUCCAAGGACCUCUCCGAGGAACAGCGGAAAAUCCACAUCCGCUCUGCCUCCUCUUUCCUCUACCUCUUUCUCUCCCUGGGCUCCCCAGAAAGCCCAGGCGCCAUCUACACCCUCCGCUCCACCAUCCCCACAGGAGCCGGCUUGGGCAGCAGUGCCAGUGUCUGCGUUUGCUUGAGCGCCGCGCUCCUGCUCCAGAUCCGCACCCUCUCCGGGCCGCACCCCGACCAACCCAGCGAGGAGGCUGAGACCCAGAUCGAGCGCAUCAAUCGCUGGGCCUUCGUCGGCGAGCUCUGCAUCCAUGGAAACCCCAGCGGGGUGGAUAACACGGUGGCCGCGGGCGGCAAGGCCGUGAUCUUCAAGCGCUCGGACUACUCCAAGCCUCCAACGGUUAUCUCGCUCCCCAAUUUCCCGGAAUUGCCACUGCUCCUGGUCGAUACGCGGCAGUCUCGCUCCACCCUGACCGAGGUCGCCAAGGUGGGCGAGCUGAAGAAGGCGCAUCCCGUAGUGACCGAGUCCAUUCUCGACGCCAUUGACCAUGUGACGUGCUCUGCACAGCGCCUCCUCGAGGACCCGGACUUUGAGGGCACCUCGGACAGAACCCUGUCGCACAUCGGCACCCUGAUCCGCAUCAAUCACGGCUUCCUCGUCUCCCUGGGUGUGUCGCACCCGCGCCUAGAACGCAUCCGCGAGCUCGUCGACUACGCCGAUAUUGGCUGGACGAAGCUGACCGGGGCCGGCGGCGGUGGCUGCGCAAUCACCCUCCUCCGACCCGACGCCAAGGAAGAGGUCGUCCGCGACCUGGAGCAGAAGCUUGCAACCGAGGGCUUCACCAAGUACGAGUCUACCCUUGGCGGCGAUGGCGUGGGGGUCCUCUGGCCUGCAGUCGUGCGUAAUGGCUCUGACGAGCAGGGCGGUGAGGAGAUUGACCAGCAGAAGUUCGAGAACGCCGAGGGGCCCGAGGGUAUUGAGCAGCUUGUGGGUGUUGGGUUCCACGAGAGGCGUGAGGGAUGGAAGUUCUGGAAGCGAGCCACGUAA